AUGGGAACCAAGUUUUUAGCGUUUGGUUGCUUGCGAAAUGUGGCAUCGCCGCGACCUCACUACCCUUCCAUGCCGAGGUACCCCAGAGGCGUCACUGUAGAAGAAGCCAACACCGAUAUGGUUAUGGCAAAAGCACUCUUCUCCGUCACCGGAAUGACCUGCUCCGCCUGCGCUGCCUCGGUCGAGAAAGCCGUUAAGCGCCUUCCCGGAAUUCACGAAGCCCUCGUUGAUGCUCUCAACAACCGAGCCCAAGUCCUCUUCUACCCUUCCUUCGUUAACGAGGAGACCAUUCGUGAGGCCAUUGAAGAUGCGGGAUUUGAAGCGACAUUAGUCACAAAUGACACAAAUGAGACAUCUGUUCAGGCAUGCCGCUUAAGAAUCCAAGGAAUGACAUGCACCUCAUGUUCCUCAAGUGUUGAAUCUGCUUUGCAAUCUAUUCAAGGAGUGGUCAAAGCCCAAGUGGCUCUAGCAACUGAGGAAGCUGAAGUUCACUACACUCCAAAUGUUGUUAGCUACAAUCAAAUAUUGGAAGCAAUACAAGACGCUGGUUUUGAAGCCACACUCAUUAGCACAGGUGAAGACAUGAGCAAAAUACACCUUCAGAUUGAAGGUGUAAGAACUGGUCAUUCCAUGAGAAUCAUUGAAAAUUCUCUCCAUGCCCUUCCAGGGGUCCAAGGUGUAGAAACAAGUCCUGAAUUGAACAAAGUAUCUCUUUCUUAUAAACCUGACAUGAUUGGACCAAGAAAUUUCAUUAAUGUGAUUCAAGAAACCGGGUCUAGGCGUUUCAGGGCCAAAAUUUUCCCUGAAGAAGGAGGAAGAAGAAAUAGUCAUAGGAGGGAGGAAAUUAAGCAAUACUAUAGAUCCUUCUUAUGGAGUUUGGUUUUUACUGUGCCUGUGUUUCUAACCUCUAUGGUGCUUAUGUAUAUCCCCGGAAUAAAGCAUGGACUUGAUGCCAAAGUUGUGAACAUGCUUACAGUGGGGGAAGUUUUAAGAUGGGUGCUUGCUACACCAGUGCAAUUUAUUAUAGGCAAGAGAUUUUACUCUGGUUCUUUUAAAGCAUUGCGCAAUGGUUCUCCUAACAUGGAUGUUUUGAUUGCUCUGGGGACAAAUGCAGCAUAUUUCUAUUCAGUAUAUUCAGUCCUGAGAGCUGCUACAGCACAAGAUUUCAAGGGUACUGAUUUUUUUGAGACUAGUGCUAUGCUUAUUUCUUUUAUUUUGUUGGGGAAGUACCUUGAAGUUUUGGCCAAGGGGAAGACAUCCGAUGCAAUUGCCAAGCUCAUGAACUUGACACCUGAUACUGCUAUAUUGUUGACACUGGACAGUGAAGGAAAUGUUGUUGGGGAAGAAGAAAUUGAUAGCAGGUUGAUUCAAAAGAAUGAUGUGAUUAAAGUUGUUCCCGGUGCAAAAGUAGCUUCUGAUGGACUUGUUAUUUGGGGUCAAAGCCACGUGAAUGAGAGCAUGAUAACUGGUGAAGCACGUCCUGUGGCAAAGAGGAAAGGCGACACUGUUAUUGGAGGAACUGUGAAUGAGAAUGGAGUGUUGCAUUUUAAGGCUACAUGGGUUGGAUCAGAGAGUGCUCUUUCUCAGAUUGUUAGACUUGUUGAGUCAGCGCAGAUGGCCAAGGCUCCUGUGCAGAAAUUUGCUGAUCGCAUUUCCAAAUACUUCGUGCCUCUGGUUAUUUUAAUCUCUUUAUCAACGUGGCUUGCUUGGUAUCUAGCUGGAAGAUUUCAUGCUUACCCCAAGUCUUGGAUACCAUCGUCCAUGGACAGUUUUCAGCUUGCUUUGCAGUUUGGAAUUUCUGUCAUGGUCAUAGCUUGCCCAUGUGCCUUAGGUUUAGCAACACCAACUGCUGUUAUGGUUGGCACUGGAGUAGGUGCAUCUCAGGGUGUACUGAUUAAAGGAGGUCAAGCAUUAGAAAAUGCUCAUAAGGUGAACUGUGUUGUAUUUGACAAGACAGGUACUCUCACUAUUGGGAAGCCUGUGGUAGUAAAUACAAAAUUGUUGAUAAAUAUGUUACUCCAGGAAUUCUAUGAACUUGUGGCUGCAGCUGAGGUUAACAGUGAGCAUCCACUGGCGAAGGCCAUAGUUGAGUAUGCAAAAAAAUUGAGAGAUGAAGAGAACCCAACUUGGCCAGAAGCAAGCGAUUUUGUGUCCAUAGCUGGACAUGGAGUGAAGGCCACUGUUCGGAACAAGGAAAUAAUUGUGGGUAACAAGACCUUGUUAGGGGACCACAAUAUUGCACUUCCUGUUGAGGCUGAAGAGAUGCUGACAGAAGCAGAAGGAAUGGCUCAAACUGGAAUAUUAGUAUGUAUAAAUAAGGAAGUAGUUGGAGUUGUAGCAGUAUCUGAUCCACUGAAACCAAGUGCCCAAGAAGUCAUUUCCAUUCUAAAGUCUAUGAAAAUAAGGAGCAUUAUGGUGACGGGGGACAAUUGGGGUACUGCAAAUUCUAUAGCAAAGGAAGUUGGAAUUGAAACUGUUAUUGCCGAGGCCAAACCGGAGCAGAAGGCAGAGCAAGUGAAGAACUUGCAGGGUGGUGGAUACACAGUGGCUAUGGUGGGAGAUGGUAUUAAUGAUUCUCCAGCACUUGUGGCGGCAGAUGUAGGAAUGGCAAUAGGUGCUGGCACAGACAUAGCUAUUGAGGCUGCUGAUAUUGUCCUGAUGAAGAGCAACUUAGAGGAUGUCAUAACUGCCAUUCACCUUUCUAGAAAAACCUUUUCUCGUAUCCGCCUUAACUACAUUUGGGCUUUGGGCUAUAAUCUCCUUGGCAUUCCAAUUGCUGCUGGUGCUCUUUUCCCUUCUACACGUUUUCGUUUGCCACCAUGGAUUGCUGGUGCUGCCAUGGCUGCCUCUUCUGUCAGUGUUGUUUGCUGUUCUCUACUGUUGAAGUAUUAUAGGAGACCCAAGGGGCUAGACAACCUUGAGAUACGGGGCAUAAGCAUUCAGUGA